AUGAGUUUGGUGGCAGGGUCAUACGAGCGUUUCAUUUGGGGCUACAAACUGAACCGUUCACUAACCCUAACCUCACUCUUCUCCUUCCCCUCCAACCUCUCCACCAUCAAAACCGUCGCCGUCGGCGGCACCGUCGCGGUCUCAGGCGGCAACGACGACUGCGUCAAAAUCUACGACCUUGCCUCCUCUUCCGAGGUAGGAUCCUUCCACCAAUCCGCCUCCGUCACAUCCGUCGCCUUCUACUCCCCACCUUCCCUCUCCUCCCUCCCGCGGAACCUCCUCGCAGCCGACGCCAAUGGCUCGGUCUCCAUCUAUGACGCCGACCCCUUCAUGCUGCUCAAAUCCGUCAAAAUUCACAAAAAAACGAUCAAUUCGAUGUCCGUGCAUCCCUCGGGUAAGAUAGCGCUGACCGUCGGCCACGACCAGUGCAUGGCGCUGGUCAAUUUGGUGCGAGGAAGACGGAGCUUCUACUGCAAGAUCGGCAAAGAAGCGUCGCUUGUGCAAUUCGAUGAAAGCGGCACUGAAAGGGGUCGUCGCUGA